GCGAGUUUGGUGAGGCGCGCGACACUGGAGUGACGGACAGGCUGACAGACAGCGCGCGUGCAAGAGAGGGAAGAUAAAAGCGUGCAGGAUCAAAGAAAGGAAAAAAGCGACAUUCCAGCGCUCGGAUGAAGCUCAGUCCCUCUUUUAUCUCUUUUAUAUGUUUUUUCCAUCGUGGAUUAUUUCUUGGACCACCACUAUGUCGACCAUCAUUAAUCCUGACUAGAGUGUGAACCGUGUGCUCGCGCCUUGGGUUUGUCCGCGCGCGCCGGAGAGCUCGAGUGGUUCACCAUCCAGACUACUCACUUACCUAUCUCUCUAUCUAUCUAUUUAUAUCCACUGGAGACGAUGCGCGCAUCAUGGACUUGACGCACUCCAAUGCAUCCACGCAUGACUCCACCACCGCUAGCACUACCAGCAGCCCCGACAGUAGUGGCCAUGGGGGGCUCACGGAGGGCUUGUCCUUCUCCAACACAACCGCGCGGCCGUGGCCGCACGCGGACGUGUCCGCAGCCUUCAUCAUCCUCGUUGUGUCGCUCCUCAUCCUCCUGACCAUCGUCGGGAACGCGCUGGUGAUCGUGGCCGUGCUGACGAGCCGUGCCCUUCGCGCCCCCCAGAACCUCUUUCUCGUGUCCCUGGCGUGCGCGGACGUGCUCGUGGCCGCGCUUGUGAUCCCGUUCUCGCUCGCCAACGAGGUGAUGGGCUACUGGUACUUCGGCAGCGUGUGGUGCUCGCUCUACCUGGCGCUGGACGUGCUCUUCUGCACCUCGUCCAUCGUGCACCUGUGCGCCAUCAGCCUUGACCGCUACUGGUCGGUGACGCGCGCCGUGCGCUACAACCUAAAGCGCACGCCGAGGCGCGUGCGCUGCGCCAUCGCCGUCGUGUGGCUGGUGUCGGCUGUCAUCUCCUUCCCGCCCAUCGUGCUCACGCGCCACGGCGAGGGAGAGUGCCUGCUGAACGAGGAGCCGUGGUACAUCCUCUCCUCCGCGCUCGUGUCCUUCUUCGCGCCCGGCUUCAUCAUGGUCACCGUCUACUGCAAGAUCUACCGCGUGGCCAAGCAGCGCUCGGCCACCGUGUGCGCGGCGCAGAACGGCACCAUAGCGGCGGCCGUGGCUAAAGCGACGGCGGCAGCAGCAAUGCGCGCGGACGCCUGCGCCGUGCGCCGCCGCGCCGCCGACACGGAGAGCGCGAGCAGCCACAGCUCGGGGAGCGAGGCGCGUCGCGAGGAGCUGGACGACAUAGACCUGGAGGAGAGUUGCGUUGGAGGGAGGGUGCGGGACAUCGGAAGCGGGGGUGCGGGAGGAGGAGCGGGUGGAGGUGGAAAAGUAGGAGGACGCGCACCGUGGGCCACCAGCCGCGCGCUCAUCCCGCCGAACAGACCCCCUUACCACCACCAGGCACCGCGCACGGGCGCGUACCGGAGCAGAGCCGCGCAAAUGCGCGAGAAGCGCUUCACCUUCGUGCUGGCCGUGGUGAUGGGGGGCUUCGUGCUCUGCUGGUUCCCCUUCUUUUUCACCUACAGCCUGAGCGCGCUGUGCAGGGAGAGCUGCGCCGCGCCGGAGGGGCUCUUCAAGCUCUUCUUCUGGAUCGGAUACUGCAACAGCUCGGUCAACCCCAUCAUCUACACCAUCUUCAACAGGGACUUCAGAAAAGCCUUCAAAAAGAUACUGGGGCUCAAUCAGCCUGCGAGGACUUAAUGCUCAACAGGGCUUCUGCUCAUCGCCACAAAGGGACAUCCAUCACUAAAGGAACAGCCAUAGAUGUGACGGAACUUAUAUAUGGCUAAAGGAAUGUGCCUAAAAUAUGAAGGAACAUACCUAGUGCUAAAGGAAUAUAAUUAGCACUGAAAGAAAAUCCCUAGAGGUGAGAAAAUAAAGCGCACAGAGGGCUGGAGAAACAUCCCUAGAUCCCUAGAACUGAUGCAACUUUAAAGGAACAUUCCUAGCAUUGAAGGAAUAUACUCAGUGCCGAAGAAAUAUAGAGCGAAUAUACUGUAUGUAGCUGAAGGAAGUCACAUAGGGAAUGUUAAAGUCACACACUUAGGGCUGUAGGAAAAGUUUGUGCUGAUCUACACUGUGUGUCCAACAGUUUUAGAAACUGUUUAAUAUGAAGCUUCUUCUGAACUCAUUGGUAUUAAUAAUGAUAUUUAUAAUUCAGAAGUUGUUUAACUGUAGAAAAACUUGCAGGUUCAUAAACUUUACAGAGAUGGUGAUGGGAAUCAAAUUAAAGCCAUUUUAUUACUGACAAAAAAGUGCCAAUGCACUGAUAUGUGUCUUCUGAGAUUAAAAUAUAUUGCUGAUGGUGGGAAAAUAGUGAUUCUCUGACUUGGGACUGGAAACAGAAACUGAAAAAAAACAGUUACUGUGCUGAAAAACUGUAUCAUACCUAGGGCUGAAGGAACAUAAUUAGCAGUGAAGGAAGGUCCCUAGAGGUGGAAAAAAUGCUAUUGCUGAAGGAAAUCCCAUAGGGAGUUUUAAAGUAACAUACUUAGAGCUGAAAGAAAAGUUAUGCUCUGAAUGUAUUCAAAAACGUGCUGAUCUACACUUUGUGUCCAACAAUUUUAGGCUCUUUUUAAUCUGAAGCUUCUUUUGAACUCAUUCCUAUAAAAGAGAAUUCUUUCUAAUUUCUUCAUAAUUCAGAAGUUGGUUAACCAUUGAAAAACUGGCAGGUUCUCACACUUUACAGAGAUGGUGAUAUGAUGAAAACCAAAUUAAAGCCAUCUUAGUUACUAUCAAAAAAGUGCCAAUUAACUGAUAUGUGUCUUCUGAGAUUAAAAUGUAAUGCUGGUGGUGGGAAAAUGGUGAUUCUCUGAUUGGGACUGGGGACAGAAGGCUGAAAAAAAUAGUUACUGUGCUGAAAAUGUACAUCAUACCUAGGGCUGAAGAAUCAUAGAGGGCUGGAAAAACAGUAUAAGCAGUGCUGAAGAAAUUUAACCUAUAUCUUAAGGAAUAUAGUUCCCUAGAACUGAUGCAACUUUUAAAACUUUUGUAGAGCUGCAUGUUACACCAAUGCUAGAGAAAUAUGGAAGGAAUGUGCUCUGAAUGUGUUCAAAAAUGUGCUGAUCUACACUGUGUGUCCAACAGAUUUAGGCUCUGUUUAAUCUGAAGCUUCUUCUGAACUCAUUGCUCUUAAAGAGAAUUGUUCCUAAUUUCUUUAAGAUUUAGAAGUUGGUUAACUGUAGAAAAACCUGCAAGUUCAUGUACGUGACAGAGAUGGAGGUUUAAACCAUAUUAAAGCCAUUUUAGUUGGUAUCAAAAAAGUGCCCAUUAUUUGAUAUGUGUCUUCUGAGUUUUAUGUAUGAUGCUGAUAAUUCGAAAAAAUAGUGAUACUGUGAUAAAUAAAAAACAUAUAUAGUGCUGAAAAUCUAUAUAUAGCAUGGAAGGAACAUAUUCAAUGAUAAAGCAAUAUACCUAGUGCUGAGGAAACAUGACUAGUGCUGAAGGAACAUGGUUAGGGUUGGGAAAACAAACAAAGGAACAAAUGAAACUUGAAGAACUUGAAGUGAAGAAACAUAAGUAGCACUGAAGUAAUGUAGUAUUUAGAGCUGAAAGAUCAUAGAGUGUCAUGAAGAAACAUACACAUGACUAAGAAACAUUUCUAGUGCUGAAGGAACAUGUAGCUAGAACCUGAGGGAACUGACCUAGUUCCGGUAAUGUCCCACUGUAAAACCCAGUAAAUGAAUUUAACUUAAAAAAUGGGAAACUACAACAAAAAUGACAAACAACAAAUAUUCUGUAUAUUAAGUAGGUUUUAGUAUGUAAUUUAACGAUACAGUAACAUAUUUUAAAGAAGCUACUUUUGUAUUCUAUAGGUGAACAAAAUAUAUUUAAAUUUAGUAAUUUUCAUCAAUAAUAAAAAGAAAAAUAUAUAUCUAAAAUAGUCAUGGAAAAAUAGAUGGAGAAAGAAAAUGCUAUAGAUUGAACACUACAGCACAGGGGUCGGCAAUAGGUGACCCACGGGCCAGAUGUGGCCUGCAAGCAUGAAACAUCUGGCCCGUGAGGUUGUUUGAACUAUAAUGAUCAAUAAUGAAAAAAAUGAAAUUCUCUUGCAAACUUUUGUUUAAUGUUGGUAUUCUUCCCCUGUCUCUCUGUCGCGCUCGGCAUGACUUUAGUUUCUGCCCGUUCUCAUUUUUCCACCCGUUCUUGGGCUCCCUAUUUCCUUAUAAGGGCUUUUUUUUCCCAGCCAUGUCCCAAUUCACUAGCUGGGGCAGCGGUAGUGUAUCGGAUCGUGAGCCUGACGACACGGGUUUGAUCCCGUGUGAGAAGCGAUGUGUUUAUUAUUUAUUUUCCUUUCUUCUUGGGUUUACUUGCUUUGAGAUCAACUGUUCUGCAAUUGGGUUUAACAACCCUCUGGGCUGGAGAGCUACUAGUCUGUAGCAAUUCAUCCCAUUACACCUAAUUUUCCAAAACAGAAUUUUUAUGCAUAUAACAUUUUAAUCCAGAAAAUGAGAUUUCACUGCUGCACAGUCCAGUUCUGAAGGGCUUUAUACCCUCUAGCUGAAGCUUGGCCUUAUUUCGGGCCGUGGGGGCUAUGAGGGGUGUGUGUACAAUUGUUAACAAUGUAUCUUAUUAAGGAAGAUGAAUUAGAUCAUUCAAUAGAGGUGUCUAGAUACUUUUGGACACACAGUGUACAGAAUUUUUGUUAUACAUACUAAACCUGAGUAUCUUCUCAAUGCUCAGUGCUCAGUGCACAAGAUCCAUUCAAAGCCAGCUGGACAUAAACAGUAAACAGCACUAAGUUAAUGCUGCAUUCACAAUCUAUAUUCACAAGUCAGAAGAUCCUAUUUCGUUCAGGUUGUUUGAUGUCAGGUUGACAUGAAAAAGGGUGAACGCAAGGUUUGUUCUCAUUUACAGCAAAUAGAAAGAAAUUAUUAAAUAUAUAUCCCAUACAUUGCAGGUGUACACUCAAUCCUCUGGGUUUCUCUGUGUGUCUUUGAACUUGUGUUAACCAAUCUUUACCAAAAACAGGAUGCAUAUUUUUAUUCAGUCACACUCCUUCAUUGCUUUCUGACAAAACAAUUGCUCUCAAAACCUUGUCAUCAAAAAUGGAUUACUCAAAUGGACUCAAAUUACUACUGUGGAACUUUAUUUAAAGCUGGAUAUGUUUCUAGGACUUUUAUUUUGUUUUACGUUGAAUAUGUUACGUUGAGUAUUCUGGAACUGUACUGUGGCACCUAACAAUAUAUUUUUUACAAAUGACUGGA